AUGUCUGCCAUGACCGAGAACCGCCAACAAGUCUACGUCUCCGACGGCUUCUCAGAGCCCAUGAGCGCUCAGCACAACUUUGCCAACAACUUCGACCUCAAUGACCCCGACCGGGCCAUGACCGACUACCAGAGGAUCAUGCACGAGCACACCAAGCGCCAGCUCACCACUGCCACCGACUCUGCUCGUCGACGAAGCGGCGCUUCGUCUUCCGACUCUGUCAGCUCCACCAGCUCAUAA